AUCAAGGUAGCGGACCGCCAGAUCGGCCGAGUGUGUGCGCUCUGGCCAGGCGAGGAGCUUCGUCUUUCUGAGGGACGUCUGAAAAUGCGCAGUGCAGUCGGGGCUCCUGUCGCGAAGGCGGCUGCAGUUGAAGUGGAAAUGAUGAAAGGGACUCUGGAGUCUCGGCUGCCAGGAGGAAAGACUGAGAGUCCAGAGGGGAGUUAGAGGCUGGGAAUGAUCCAGAGUUGUUCUCACCUUGGAAUGUUCCCUCAGCCUGCCUGAGGAGCUCAUGGAGGGCAGCGAACCUGACAGACGGAGGUCUAAUGAGUGGCAGAGCAGACGCACACCUUGACGGAGAACACAGGACUAUGGGAUGUAACUGAAGACGCUGUCACACGGAGGUGAAAUUCCUUCUGCGAGCUGCGAUGGGACUCAGUGAGGCCGAGGACAUGACAGGAAACCUCUGCAGUGUUGCUGCUCAACAACAAGACCAACACUAGACAGCCGAGGAGUCCAUUAUCUGAAAUUAAUGUCAGCCGUGUUGCGGAGGCAGCCGCAAGCUGCGCCGCCGGAUCUACCCCGACUCAUGGAGGCUGGGCCUCGACCUUUCCAACCCUGCAGCCACUGACUAGCCGAGCGCACAGCGAUGCCUUCUAAGGUCUCCUGCUUGUACCUGCUGACAGUGGUUUGCUGGGCCAGCGCUCUGUGGUACCUCAGUGUGUCCCGCCCCUCCACUUCCUACGUGGGCCAGCUCAACAUCCCGAUACGCAAGACGUCCAAGACCAACAAGAACUCCACCUUCAGCAACAUCCGCACACGCUCUCUCAACCCACACGACUUCGGCUACCUCAUCAAUGAGGAGAAGAAGUGCGAGGCGGAGCCCCCGUUCCUCGUCAUCCUCAUCAGCACCACCCACAAGGAGUUUGACGCCCGUCAGGCCAUCAGAGAGACAUGGGGAGACGAGAGCACGUUUCCAGAUGUUCGUGUGGUCACUCUGUUCCUGCUGGGUCGCAGCACCGACGCUGUCCUCAACCAGAUGGUGGAGCAGGAGAGUCAGAUCUUUCAUGACAUCGUAGUGGAGGAUUUUAUCGACUCCUACCACAACCUGACGCUGAAGACGCUGAUGGGCAUGCGCUGGGUGGCCACCUUCUGCCCCAAGGCUCAGUACGUCCUCAAGACGGACAGCGACAUCUUCGUCAACAUGGAGAACCUCAUCUUCAACCUCCUCAAGCCCACCACCAAGCCCAGGAGGAGGUACUUCACCGGCUACGUGAUCAACGGCGGGCCGAUCAGAGACAUGCGCAGCAAAUGGUACAUGCGAGAUCUGUACCCGGAGAGCAAGUACCCGCCCUUCUGCUCCGGCACCGGCUACGUCUUCUCAGCAGACGUGGCCGAGCUCAUUUACAAGACGUCCCUCCACACCAGGCUGCUGCACCUGGAGGACGUCUACGUGGGCGUGUGCCUCCGCAAGCUGGGCAUCCACCCCUUCCAGAACAGCGGCUUCAACCACUGGAAGAUGGCCUACAGCCUCUGCCGCUACCGCCGGGUGGUCACCGUCCACCAGAUCCCCGAGGAGAUGCACCGCAUCUGGAAUGACAUGACCAGCAAGAAACACCUGAAAUGUUAGCAGGACUGUUAGAAUCAGGGAGGAACUGUCCUUUUAUGUCCAUCAGGGGCUGUACAGCACGUAGCACCGAGCUGAAGAAGGCGUCCAGGGCUUCAUCCUGCUGCUGAGUCCUUCUCCAGGAAAGCAAACUCAGCUGCAUUCUCUUGUGUGACUGCUACUUCAGCUCACAGACUCUCAAACAAGGCACAAAGCUAGAAAUGUGUUUUCCUAAAGUGUGCAGAUGGUGAGUGUCUCUGCUUACAAGACAGGAAACAUAAAGGUUUUGGUUCAUUUCCACAAACUGUCCCCUGUUCCUUAAUAAACGCCCUCCUGUGAACCCUCUCUGUCGGGUUCGUCACAAGCUUGAACUGUGAAUGUUCAUGUAUUUUCAGUUGUUGUGCUUUCUGAACAAGGUGUAGAUGUUGGAUGUACUGUCUGGCAGCGCAGCAGCCGUCGUCAUCGUGCCGAUCAUGGUGAGUUUACGGUGUGAUGACUUAUUUCCAACACGUGUAUCAUGCCGCUGUCGCUCUAGGGAAGCAGCUUAGGAGCAUUAAAGAGCAGACUGAGCUCUACUCUCCUCAGAAUCAGACAUAUUUUCUUACGGCGGAUCCACAGAUCUUUGUAUUGUGCAACGAGAAAAAAUAAAAAGCGAAGUGAACAGAUUGAAGAUACAUCGGCUGCUUGCAUUCCCAAGUGAAUGUAACUUCUGUUAAUGUGUAAUGUGCAGUUAUUUGUCUCAGGCAGUGCUGUGAGCAGGCUUCAGACUAUUAGAUUUUCUAUUACUUGAACAUGAAGGAGAGCAGAUGUACUGUAAGAACAGUGGAGGUGUGUUCUGGGGAAAAUAUUACAUUUCUGAGUGCUUUCUUCUUUUCAAUUACUUGAGAUUAAAUAAACUGGCUUU